GGUGCUCAUGUUGCUUUUUUACUCGUGGUGCGUGGUCUCGUUGCAAGUGAUUAUUUGAGUUCAAUUAUGUUGUAAGUCUGAAGACACGUGUUUUAUCAAAAUGUCUGAUUCUACUCUCUCUACGUUUUCUACGUGUGGAAAAUAUUUUAGCAGUUUUGGAGCCGACGGUAAACUACGGAUAUGGGAUACUCUGUCGAACACUUUGAAGCAGGAGUACACUCCAAACAUGCACCUUACAUCUCCCAUUAUCAGUUUAAAAUGGAUCAAACUCUCAAAUCCUACCUACCCCACCAAAAUAAAACGAAAGUCAUUGGAUGAUAAUCCUUUGGAAUCGGAUAUUUUGUUACUGGGUACCAGGAAUGGACAACUUCAGUUCUACAGUGUUUCAUCUGGUGAGGUGUCAAAUGAGCUCGCCAAAUCACAUGACAGUGCCAUAACAUGCAUGGCUUGGUGCAAGUCAGUAAAUUAUGUUUAUACUGCAUCGGAGGACUCGCAUAUUCUUGAAUGGAGUCUUAAGAAGAACAAGAUGAAAAAAAAAUGGUUUGCCGGAACUGGACGAAUAACAAGUUUAGCAUUGUCAGGAGAUGGUAGCUAUCUAUACAGUGCUUCACGCAGCAUUCAGUGGUGGGACUUGGAGUCAAAAUCCGUCAUCAAGAAAUUCACUGGCCAUUCAUCAGCUAUUACUUCAUUGAGCCAUGUCUCAACUCUCAGUGGAAACUAUUUAUUAAGUGCUGCUAAGGAUGACAAAUUUAUAAGCGCCUGGUCUCUAAAUGAAUCCAAUGAUGAGAAAACGUCAAUUGCUUCAUUUGUUCUUGAUGACACAGCAGCUGAAAUGAGUGUGUUCGCUGAAGAUGAUGGUGCUUCUGCAACCAUGAUGGCUCUCUCUUCCUCUGGCACAUUGCACACUUUCAAACUUAAACUCAACGGAAAAUGUAGUAAAUCAGUGAAAGCAGAUCAUAUAAUUCAAUUAGCGCCGAACGAAGGAUCCAAAACGUUAUCACUUAGUCCUAUUCCAAUUUGUUCUUCCCUCCCGAAAUCGGAUAGCUCUGUUUUAAUUGCCUAUGGUAGUGGCGUUCUUUUAAAAUUUGAAACAAUCGCAAUAGACUCACCAGAAACCUUAAUCAUCUUAGUACGAAAAGACACGAGGAAAAAGGUUUCCAUUAAAAAUCAAGACAGUUUAAAGGUUGUUUCUGCAAGUACAGCAGAUGCUAGUUAUUCACAUCCCGGUGUAGUUAAUGGAUCAAAUUCUGUAGACCUUAAGCGAAAUAGUAGCUCAAAGCUAAAAGAUUUACCAAUGGAAGAAAGGCUGGAAAAUCUACAAUUGAAUAAAAUUGACACACCUGCUGGGAGUUCUGUCCCACCUGAUAGUUUAGCACAGUUACUGAUUCAGGGGCUAAAGAGUAAAGAUAAGAACAUUUUAUACAGUGUCCUAAGUUCCAGAAGUGAGGAAAUUGUGAACAACACAGUUGCUCGAUUACCUGUUCAAGUUAUUUUACCAUUGGUGGAACAGUUAACAUCUUUAACGCAGAGUAAAUCAUGGGGAAGUGAAGUUGCUGUGCGAUGGUUAAAGUGUAUUCUCAGUGUUCAUUCUGCUCAGUUGUUAGCUAGUCCUGAUUUAUCGUCAAAACUGUCUCCUCUUUUGGGUUUAAUUGAAACCAGGCUCAACGCUCUACCUCCACUUUUAAGGUUGCGAGGUCGCCUUGACCUUCUUCUAGAUCAGUUCAGUGGUAAACCGUCUGUGCCUAUCACAUCUUACGACCAAUCUGACUUCCUUGUUUAUGAAGAUAAAGAUUCUGAUGAAGAAGAAGGUAGUGAUGACAUCCGAAUGGGACACACAACUGACUCCUCUGGAGAAGAUCGUUGGGAUGAAUUAUCUGAUGAAGAAAGUGUAGAUGGUAAUGGAGAAGACGUAGAAAUGGCUUCAGAUUGAGAUCCUCCAAUUCAUCAUUUCUGUAAGAUGUAAGUAACAGUGAAACUGAGGUAAAUAAAUGAAUUAAAGUUUUGAAUUUUUAAGGAAUGAAGUGUCAAAGUAGACAAGGAUUUUUAAGUACGUAAAAAGAAGAAUAAGUUAUCAUGACUCGUGUGGUGCAGAGUCUUGUUUUUAUGUUAUUUAAUGAAUAAGAAAUUGUCACUUUUAUUAUUUUGGUCCUAAUCCAAAUAAAUUUAUUAAUUUUGGAUCUCUAUUUUAAUAUAUAUUUAGAAGGUCCUUUUUGGAACAAUUUCCUGUGGAAGAAUACGAGAACUUAUUUCAUUUUCCCAAAUUUGUCCAGUAAGUACUUAGUUACUUAAACUGAUUCCCUUCCAUUUUUUUCAUAGAUGUGAUGUCUGUUUAAACAUCACUCGAAAUAUAGCCUUCUUAAAACAGCCGUGCUUUGUUGGUUUUCGUUAGAAGUCAGGGAUGAAAAUUACACUGAAAUUUUGUUUUGACAAACGUCACUUUAAUGAUUUAUUCAAUCAACAAAUUUUUUUCUCGGUCCUGAAAAAUUCCUACCUUUUUAAUGUCAAUUUAAUUAUUUUUUACAAUUUUUCGGUUUACAAAUACUCAAUUUAAUGAAAGGAAUCUUUGGUCUGAGAACGAUUUUAUAUUGUAAAUUGAAUUCCAUUUAUCGAUUGUAUGGAAAAUUUCAACUGCUCAGCAACAGCGCAAGGCCGCAGGAUACAGGGUGUAGACAUUUUUGCACGUUCAUUUAUUGUCACUGGCGGUCCAAGGAUCAUUUUCGGGCGCGGCUAGAUUGGUAACUGCGGGCCUAGCGAUUUUUUCUCUGGUGAAGAGAGUAAUUAAGAGGUUGAGUGAUCAAUGAUCAGUGAUAGUACGACCUCAACCCCUACCGUGUACUUCUAGACUACCAUUGGGUGUAUUGAAAUCGAGACCCUAAACACCAAUCUUGAUGUUAUUCCGACCAAUUCCUGCACAGUUAAAAGGAUAGGGAUAGUGACGAUAUUGGUUUUAGGCAAGCAAUUCGCAAAUAAUAUCGAGGUUGAAGACUAAGAGAGGUGCGGUGCGCUCCUUAAUGGAUUAACUAAAUAUGUCAAAAUUUUUAAAGGUCUGAAAGCAGGUUUCGUGUGGUUUUUGAUGAAGUACAUUUUUUGCUGGUCCCUAGAUUAGUUAACGUGAGGCUUGACUGUACUUGGUUAAGUUAAAAAUGUAAUUAAGGUGAGUUUUUUCUCAACGCUGUUCCAAAAGUUGAUGAGUGGUUUUGGCCGGAAGCACACCUCUAGUGUUGGAGAUUAGCUUCUCUUCUCCCUGGAAAAAUAUCAAUGACCUUUAAAGAAUGGGAAUUAUGUAUAGGAUCAAAAUUUCGCCAGUUAAAGAGGUUUUUUUCACAAUUCAUUUCAGAACUAAUAUUUGGAUAAGUAUUUAAGCUCUGAACUGAAUUUCGCUGUUAACUUUCUUUUGUCCAGGAACUUUUUCUCCUUGUAUUUCUUUCCUCUAUUUACAGAAGAAAAUGGAAAAAAUAGCAAGGAAAAUACAGGGAAUUGUUUUGUGUUUUACAAGGAACCAAGGUUUACACUAUAUGUGUCGCAAACCAUAGAAGUCCUCUAUUUUAAAUAUUUUCUCGGAUAAAAAUCAUGUUGUAUACUGUUCACUUGACUGAUGAGAUUUCUAUUCAGCCAUUUAGUGGAAGCAGUCUACGUUUGUAGACUGCCAAGGAAACUUACCAAAUUAAGAGCCAUUACAAACAGUACUACUCGGAAUUCCCUAGUUUGAUGCUAUGACCAAUCAUGGUGCAGAUUUGUUUUGAACCUCCAACCAGAAUGCACAUUUUUUAGUGAAAAUGGCCACACUCUGAAGUAACAGAACAGCUUAAGAUUAGUCAUCGCCUAAUGCUGUUCUGCAAUGGCAUCGCAAGACAACUCCACUAAGUGAUACAUCCUUACAUUGUUUGCUUUGAUUCACGUCACAACUGAUAUCGUAACUCUAUUUUUAAACUUAUAUAUAUCUGUUAUCAGGUCCUCGCACUUUCAAUGAUUAACAAUUAUACAUUUUUAAUUUUAUUGUGCUUAACUAGGUAUGCCAUGCAUUCAGUACUCAGGAAAUUUAUUUUUAAGGUGCAGAAAAGAAAGUUUGUGUAGUCUGAGAUCAGUAUGCAUCAGACAUGUUUUGGAAUCCUGGUAGACAAACAAGGAUUUUUUUUUCAUUGAGUGAUAAAGCUUAGCAUAUGGCUUUUCCAGUAUGAAUUUUCUAAUUGAAAGUAGAUGUAAUGUUUAACAGUGUUAGUCUCAAAAAAUUUUGUUUUGAGCUGAAAGGUUGAAAAGGAGAAACAAGAGGACACUCUAAUUUUGUACCGGUGCUUGAAACUGGACUUGAAAUUUGCCUUUUCAACAAAACUUGAAUCAAAUGCAAGCCCUCUGAGGCAUAAAUUAUUCAAAUCCUUUUUCAAAUUUCCCAGUAUUGUUGAAGAGUGAUUUACUUAUGCUGUUCUCACUUUUUAAUAUUUGUAAGAUCUAUUAUAAUAGAAGAAACCUAGUUUCUGAUGAUGUCACGGUGAGAACCAAAAAUCAACACCUCAUCUUAAAUUGAGUUAGUGUUUAUUUUCUGUCACCUACAACAAAAUAUAUCAGCUUUAUAUAGACUGAUUUAGUGGCUACAUCUUUCUUGCAGUAUUCGACUUAGCGUUUCGCGAUAAUUACGAUAAAUCGUAUAGUUAAUUUACGAUCAUUCGAACCAAUGCAAUAGAAAGUCACGUCAUUGCCAAAUACAGCAUGAGUUGGUUGUGUUAAUUCAUUACAAUUUUGGGAUGAACAAGUCAUAAAUCAAUCAAUGACUCAUUGAACACAAAAAAUUUUGAUUGCAAGAAACAUCUGGACACAUAUUACUACCAUAGUAAAGCCCAACAAGGCUAAGUGCCUGUUUGCAUUUGAACCCUCGAAACUGUAGAUUAAAAGUUAGGUGUAGCUAAUAGAUCAGUAUACUUUAUAAUGAUGAUGAUUUUUUCUUUUCUUUUUUCCUAAUGAUGAGAUUAAAUGUACGUAUUUAUUAUCCGUCUCCUUGUAAAAUUAUCUAAGAUCAUCUCCUGCCAUGAACCAUUUUAUAACGAACCGCUCAAAUCUACUCUCUUGUAAAAAAUCUACUUUGUGGAAGAUUUGGUCUCGGUCAUGGAUUCAUUCGUGUUGUUAUUUCAGUCGUUGAUCGCAAACCAAGCAAAAGCACAAUUCUAACUUUAUGUCCCUCUGAAAUUCUAUUUUCAUAUUUUCUUUCCUACAGUUAAUUUACUCAAAUGAUUUAUUUUAGUCGUUAUGUGAACUGAAAAUAUUUGAUUCAUUAUCGAAACUUGUAAUCGUGUCCUUAAGAUGUUCGAUGAGUAGCAGUAAUCAAAGUCUACUUUUCUCUCUCUUUUUUUCUUAAGUAAGAGGGAAUGCAUUUUUGAUUGGAGAGAUUUAGUUUUUUAUCACUGAACUGGCUCAUACAUCGACUCAUUAUUAUAUUCUUCUUUUUAUGUGAUUUUCAUUGAUUGAAUAUCUCGGGGUAUGUCUAAUUUAUUAUUUUUAUUUACUUUCACCGCAGUUUUGUAUGAAAAUUACAAUUUUUGUUAAAGUAAAUUCUAAUAUCUUUGUUUUUAUGUAAAUAAUUAUACAACCUUAUUUUAUGGAAAA